AUGAGCUUUCCGAUUAUCUUUGGUGCCAUGGCGGGCGUGGUGGCAUUGUAUCUAUGUACAGCAACAUUGUAUAAUGUAUUGGUACAUCCUCUGCGAGACAUUCCCGGGCCGAUUCUCUUCCGUGCGUCGGUCCUCCCCAAGUCUUACUAUAUGAUCACGGGUGUCCUGCAAUUUAAAGUUAAAAGUCUGCACGACAAGUACGGUGCCAUUGUGCGCAUCGCCCCUAACGAAAUCAGCGUUGUCGGCGCGGGGGCUUGGAACGACAUCUACGGGCGGCGUCCUAGCGGCGGUGGCGAGCUUUCGAAGUACUAUAACUUCUACGUUCUCGAAGAGUCCUCUCCGCGAGACAUAAUCAACGCCGAGCCGGCGCAGCAUCGUAUGUUGCGCCGGCUUCUGGCGCACGGCUUCUCGGAGAGGUCAAUGCAUGCACAAGGCUCCAUCAUUAGUGGUUAUAUUGACAUUCUCAUAUCCAGUCUCCGAAGCAAGUGCGACGAUGGUGACGCCGUCGUAGACCUAAAUAAGUGGUUGAACUGGACUACGUUUGACAUUAUUGGUAACCUGUCGUUCGGGUCAGAUGCGAGCAACCUGCGCAGCGCCGAGUGGACGCCGUGGGUCAAAGCGAGCGCAAAACACAACAAGUCAAUGGCCAUAGUGGCUUGUUUAAAAGGGUUGGGCUUUGGAAAGCUGAUCAAGUUAGCCAUUCGGUGUGGUCUACUUCCGACGCAAGGAUAUCUGGACUACAUCAAGUCGCACGUGAAGGAACGCGCGCAGCUUGGUGUAGAGCGGCCAGACUUCAUCGAGGGGUUGAUACAGAAGCAAAACGGCCUGUCAUUGGACGAAAUUGCACGCAAUGCAGAAGCUUUGAUUGGGGCUGGCUCAGAAUCCACGGCGACUUUUUUGUCUGGAGUCAUAUAUGCUCUUCUUACACAUCCAGAAUGGCUUGACAAACUGACAACUGAAAUACGGUCCACCUUUAAGAGCGAGGCGGAGAUUGACUUUACGUCUGUUAAGCACCUAGAUUACAUGCUAGCGUGCUUGAACGAGACGUUUCGUUAUUACCCACCAGUGACGAACGGCAUGCCAAGGAUAGCUCCAAAGGGUGGAACAUUAAUAUGUGGCACGUUUGUGCCAGAGAAUACUGUGGUCGCAAUCUGGCAGUGGGCAAUAUGCCAUGACACCACUCUAUGGACAGAUCCGUACGAAUUUCGGCCAGAAAGAUUUCUUGGCGAUAAAAACUUCAAAAAUGAUAAACUGGAAGCGCUCCAACCGUUCAGCAUAGGGACACGAAACUGCAUUGGAAGAAACCUCUCGUACGCGGAGACAAAGCUAAUUUUAGCCCGGCUAAUCUACAAUUUUGACAUGAAGAUACACCAUAGCAGCAAAAAUUGGAUGCAAUUGCAAAAGGCAUACUUUGUAUGGGACCCUCCAGCGUUGAACAUUACUCUUUGCCGACGGAGCGUAGCUUAG